CCGACGGGUCCCCUGAGAGGCUGGUCGACAGACUCGUGAGCCCUUCAGUACGCCUGGUUGCAUAAUAGCGGACGCAUCAUGAUACAGUAAACAGUAAACCUCUCGGUGAGCCAAUGUCACAAUAUUGCAUGGUAGACUACUUGUGACUUUGCAGGGACCUAAAAGAGGUUCAAGUUUUAGACCAGGUAGACAAAAAUCAGACUGAUUAUAGCCACAAUGGCCAUUUGCUCUUUUUACUGUGAUUUCAAUGAAACUUUGUUAAGUCUUGUGUCUAAAGACACUGGUCUACCAAGAUGCAUCAUGGGAACCAUUCCACCAGCUGUUCUGCUUCUGUUGAUGUUACUACUUGGUUUGGUUGAGUUGUUCAAGAAGGGAAGGUUGCAGACUGAUAACAAAGGGAGAACUUUAUUGCCUGAUUUAGAAUCAAAUUCUGUGGAGGAAAUUAUCAGAGCACCAAGAAAAUCCUGUAACUGCAAAAAGCUUUGCAGAUGCUACAAGAAACAUUAUGAACUGAACAGUGGUUCUAUUCAGGCAAUAACAAACCCUGCAGAAUUUGUUCAUGGAGAUAAUCGCACAUCAUUUUUGUACACUUUACAACAGUUCUUGCACAUUUGUCUUGUAUUUGUACCUAUAACGGACCUUAUAGUCAAAGGAGCCAUAGAACCACAGAGAAUUCAAGGCUAUAUCAUGUUCAUGGAUGUUGCCAUGUUCUUAACCUGGAUCUUAGCCUUCAUAGUUCUUCGGUCCCAAAGUGCAAGAUAUUUCAAUGCUCAUGUCAGUAGACAUUCAGUAGGUCUCUUGCUGUUUUGGUCUCUGGCAUUUGUUGUUGAGAAUUUGUCUUUCAUGUCAUGGAACAAUCCUCAUUGGUGGUUUCAAAGAAGUACAAGAAUCAAAAAGGCUGAAUUUGGUUUGUUUAUAUCACGUUAUGUUCUUAAGUUGUUCAUCUUUCUUCUUGGAUUGAAAGGACCUGGUCUUUAUAAACCACUAAAAGUUCCCGUCGAGGAAGAAAAAAAGUUUCUGGAAGGAUCAACGGCAUUAGACCGUAGAGGGGAGUCAGCUUUUAAAGGUAUCUGGAAGAAAACAAAGUUAUUGUGGCCCUUCUUAUGGCCAUCUGACAGGUGGCUUCAGUUUAAGGUUGUCCUGUGUUUCUGUAUUCUUGGAGCUGGAAGAGCUGGCAAUGUUCUUGUUCCAUAUAUGUACAAAAUUAUAGUAAACCGUCUCACACCUGGUGAGGAGGCAAGGAUAACAGAUCCAUGGCACUUGAUCUUGAUCUAUGUAGCAUUGAGGUUUUUACAAGGAGGUGGUACUGGUGGUAUUGGUUUGUUGAAUAACAUCAAAUCCUUUCUGUGGAUAAAGAUUCAACAGUUUACCAGCAGGACUCUACAAGUGCAGCUCUUUGCUCAUCUACACAGCCUAUCACUCAACUGGCAUCUAAACCGUAAAACUGGUGAAGUGAUCAGAAUGGUGGAUAGAGGAGCAAACAGUAUUUACAAUCUGUUAAACUAUCUCCUGUUUACCAUUCUUCCCACCUUUGCUGAUAUUGGAGUGGCUGUUGUUUACUUCAUUGUUGCUUUCAAUGGCUGGUUUGGACUGUUGAUUUUCAUAACUAUGGCUUUGUACAUUGCCACAACAAUUCUUAUCACUGAGUGGCGAACAAAGUAUCGACGUGAGAUGAAUGAAAAAGAUAAUGCAGCCAAAGCAAAAGCUGUUGACUCUUUAUUGAACUUUGAAACUGUGAAAUAUUACAGUGGAGAAGAGUAUGAAGUAGAAAGACUGGACAUGGCUAUUCAGGACUACCAGAAGUGUGAGUGGGACACCUUUGCCUCCCUUGCUAUUCUGAACACAGCACAAAAUUCUGUAAUCACUGCUGGUCUAUUGGCUGGGACACUCUACUGUGCCAAGUUAGUGGUUGAUGGACAGCUUGGGGUUGGGGACUUUGUGUUAUUUGUUACAUACACACUUCAGCUUUAUGUGCCUCUCAAUUAUUUUGGAACUUACUACAGAAUGAUUCAGCAGUCAUUUAUUGACAUGGAAAACAUGUUUGAUCUCUUUCAACAGAAAAGACAGGUACUAGACGAACCGCAUGCCCCUGAUUUACGAGUACCUAGUGGCCUGAUCGAGUUUCGGCGUGUCAACUUUUUCUAUAAUCCAGAAAAACAAAUUCUGAAGGAUGUGUCUUUCACUGUGUAUCCUGGUCAGACUUUGGCACUUGUUGGUCCGUCUGGGAGUGGAAAAAGUACCAUUAUACGACUUCUCUAUCGCUUCUAUGAUCUGGAGUCUGGAUCGAUCUCUAUUGAUGGACAAAACAUCGCAAAGAUCACUCAGAAGUCUCUCCGCAAGGCUAUAGGAGUGGUUCCUCAGGACACCGUCCUAUUUAACAACGAUAUAAGGUUCAACAUUCGAUAUGGCAGAAUAACCGCAUCUGAAACGGAGGUAGAGGAGGCCGCGGCAGCAGCCGACAUGCAUGACAGGAUUUUAACUUUCCCCAAUGUUGUAAACGCCGAUCAGAUUCUUGUUGUGCGCGAGGGCGAAAUUGUCGAAAGAGGAAGGCACGAGGAGUUGAUUUCAGAAGGCGGUGCGUAUGCAAACAU